AUGGCUGAACUACAACUCACCACUUUAGCAAAACAGUUCGCCUCUAGAGGAUAUUCGGAGGCUCUUAUUGGAGAACAGUUGGAGAGGGCUCAUCUCCUUAAACAGGAGGACUUAUUACAGAAGCAAUCAAAGCCAUCUAAGGAAAGUGCUGAUCCUAUCUUUAUUACUGAAUGGACUGAUGCCAGCCAACAGGUGAAGAGGGCCUUGAAGGACCGUUGGGAAAUAGUGAAUUCUGAUGCCAAUUUACCUUUCUACGGCAAAAAGACCCCUAUGAUAGCCUACAAAAGAGGACGUAAUCUAAGUGACAUAAUGAGCAUCCCAGUUCCAGAUACAAAAGCUGCAGUGGUGUCUAUACAAGCCGAGGUGGUGAUCAAUGGCGUAGCCACUCAGGUGGUGUGCUCUGCAUUUACCAAUCAAAUUCUGGUCGUGGUAACUCAGUAUGGAAAAAUGGGAACACUUGUGUCUGUGACACCAAACUUAGUCUCCAGUGAUCUUGGAAAGCCCUCACUCACAACCAAAGUGCUAUUAGGCCAAGAUGAGCCUCUUGUUCAUGUGUGCGCAAAGAAUCUGGUGACUUUUGUGUCUGAAGCAGCCAAGAACAAACCAAUUCUUCUGUCUAUGGCAUUAAAGGACAAAAGUGUAGACUGUAUUAAAACCAUAAAAGAUGUCAUUCGAAGCUGCCAGGUCUGGUGA